CGCUGUAAAAGUGAAAAGAAUACUUCGAACAAACUUCGAUUAAGAGAAAUAAGUGCGAACUAGCGCUAUAAACAAAUGAACUUCAUAUUAAUUAGACAAUAUUUUAAAACAAAGAAAGUUUGUUGUCCGGUAGUCCGCGAGUUUGUCACCAGGCGGCGCCGCCGAAAGUACCAAAAUAACAACGAAAUGAAACCGAAACCACGAUCUGUUCGCUAAUUUAUCAAUGCAGGGUGAAUCAAAUAACAAAAUACUAAUCUAAGUAAAUAUAACAAUGUACAUUUUGAAAUCAUAUGACAUUAUGGUGUCGUUGUCCCGAACUAAACACCACAACAAAAUGAAAACAUGGCGUUUUGACAUCGACGUUCCUAACAACUCGCUUUAAUUUCACGGGAUAAUUAAGCGUAUGUUGCAGAUAUAAAAACGCCUACUUUGUAAACAACGCAUGCAGAAUGGACGAACAACAAUUUCUGCUACCCGGGCAUAGCCGCGGCACCUACGGAAAGCCCGACGACGAUUCUGACGAGGAAUGGACUGGUGACUCGUCCUCAAACUCGGCGAGCUCGUUCUACACCGACAGUGACAGUUCGGACCCCGAAUGGGAGACAUACAUCGAGGAAAACGGGCAGCUGUUGUUCGUUGACUGUCACCCAUUUGUGACGACACAAACAAAUACAGAAAACGAAACGAAACCGAGUAACACAUUCGUGAAGAAUCAAAUGCGCAAAAGCACUAGAUCUAAAUUUCUGCGAUUGAUUCGAAGACGCGAUAGCAAACGUCGAAGCAAACGCCAACAGAAGAACGACCAGAAAGAAGAGACGAAAGUAAAGUUUCAGGAUUACAAUGAAGGCGAGGUAAAAAUUGUCGUUUUACACCUGAAUCACGAGUUGACCAUUUCACGUCGGUCCAAACUUGUUGAACAUUUACUUGGCAUAAACGUGAGUACAUUUUCUGAUGGAUCACGAAUUAUGAUCGCCGGUAUUACACCAAAUGGUCCUGCAAAAUGCGACAAGAACAUAAAAAUUGGCGAUUGGUUGAAAUCCAUCAACGACGUAAACGUUAACGCAAAUAAUCUCAAUGCGGUUCUCGAACAAUUCGAGCAUCAAAUGGAAGUUAAACUGGAAUUACAACGAGUUACCGGCGUAGAAGUCACGAAGCAACCACCUGGAUCAGAAAUAAGCAAUCAAUCGACGUUUGUCAAACAAUUGACGACAAUUUCUAACAACGAAAACCUUCAACUGUUAUUAAUUGAUCAACCAGUUGGUGUUUUAUAUUUGGACACUGAUGAUCUUUCCGAAUCGGGACCUGAAUUCCAAGGAGUGUUGUACUGCUAUCCGAAUCCAAUCGAAAAGAAUCGCUUAUGUUCGAAUCGUGGCGUGUGUAUUACACUUAAUCAUUUAAUAAAUGAUGUCACAUCACAUCAACCUAGGGUGACAACAGUCUUGCUCAAUUCCAGAUUGGCACAUAUUGUUUAUACAAACGUGGGUGUAGGCGCAAAACUAUUGUUAUUGAUGCUACCAGAUAAUCGUUUGAGUAGAGACGAAGUUGUUAACUUGAAUGAUGAAGUUCUGAGGAGUUUGAAGUUUAUCUACGGGGAUUUAGAAAGGUGUUUCGUUGGGGAGCAAGGAAAACAAUCGCAUCGAGAAGUGGAUCACUUUUUCUCGAGAUUUUUUGCGCGUAUUUUAACAAGUGGACUAUGGAACAAAGCAGAACAAAGUGUUUUGUUGAGUAGUCUGCCGAUGAAAGCUGUGUUGGAGGCGCCGUAUCAAUUCGAAGGAUUGCAACAAGCUGCGCACUUCAUAAACUUACCUAACGAGGCUAAAAUGCAGAUUGAUGAUGCGUUAAGUGAGCUUGAAGCUUGUGAUUAUCGUGAAUGGAAUGAUGACCCGUUAGAUUGUCAAAGACUAUUUACCAUCUUGGGCAGCGCACUGUAUCAUUCCGGAUACUUAUUAGCAAGUCAUGGUAUUCAUGAGGAUUUAAUUGACAUUCAUGUGUAUUGUCGACAGCAAGGAUUGUUUCAUUUAUCGCAAACGGAACCUGUGCGGUCUAUGGUACUUUGGAGGGAAGUACAUCCUUAUUCUUGUAAUCGGGAGAAUACAAAGUUUAUUAUUCCAAGUGGCGCAAGGCAUUACUUGCUUGUAAUCGGCGGUGGCAAGGACCUAUUAGCAGUGAUAAUGGAAGCGGGUGGAUGCACUGAACCUCCAGAGGACAAUCCCCCUGACGCUUUCUAUGUGGAGGAAGCACAAGCUACUUUAGCGCACCUUCAAGAAUUAGGCAUAUCCGAGCUUGCCGAACGCUGGAUUAAAACUAAUCCCGGCUCGCAAGUGACAAUUCCACAAUUGCCGAUUGUGAAGCGAAAGAGCGAACUGUUUCUAGGGCCUCUGGUUAAUUUUAACCCGCUUCCUAGCGGCAAAGAUUCAUCGAAUAACAAUACCACUUUAAGUAAAAAAUCUGAUUUAACUUCAAUUUUAAAACGACGUAGUAAUGACCAACUGCAGAACAUGGUUGCACAAUCCCAGUCUCAAUCACAAUCUACAACAUCGAUUUUUGAUGAUAUAGAUGUUCAGUCGGAAAGUUCGGUUGGGAAUAACAGCGAACGAAGCGAAGUAUCGGACGAGCCUAUCCUUGGCAGAAGAGCGCAAAGGGAAAGAUACAAAUAUUCAGAUGAUGAAGAGUCAGAUAUUGAUGAUUACAGAGAUGGUAGUCAAAUAAGUCAGAGUAGUUAUGAUGUUUCCGAGCUGCGUAACACUCUGUUAAAUCAAACCGGCGAUGCUCAACCCUUUAAUUUAACCACAGGAAAGGAUCUGAUGCUGUUUCACUAUGUGCAACUGGACUAUACAGAAGGAAUUCUGCUUAGUCCGCCAGAUUGCCACUUGGAAUCGAAAACUUUAGACUUAAUUUUGAACAAUUUUAGGAAAACAGUGCAAAGAAUGCAUAAUUUAUUCCUAAAUACUUUGAGAUUUAAGAAUAUGAAUUCUGAAGAAAUGUCAAAAUCGCUUAUCAACAAGAGUUUGGUGGCGAUCAAGGAACAUGGCAUGUUGUUCGAAGUGCCUUAUCAAGAUGAGACUGUAGUGAAGAAGACAAUUCCGAAGAUUACUUACUGGGUCGUUGGUCGGCUGUUUUUCAUGCCGCAUCCGAGAGAACUCUAUGUUUGUUAUCAAGACAAUGUGCCGCAAAACAUGAUUGAUAUUGCAUUUAAAUUGGGCAUAUCUACAGCUGUUUAAUUUGUGAUGGUAGAGUGAAGUAUUAUCAGCACAUUCCAAUAAUUAUUACAAUAAAUGACAAGAUAUCCAUGCAAUUUAGAUUAAAA